AUGUUCUUCAGCAUACUCGUUCGUCUUACACCUCUCGCCGCACUUUUGGCUGCGCCUCUCGCAUUCGCAGCCAAUUCCUUUGCAGGAUCCAACCUAUACUAUGCCGCAGGUCUCAGCUCCGCGGAUCGCACUACUCUUCUCCAGGGACUUCAGAACGCGAAUAUGAAAGUUCUGCGCGUGUGGAUCAAUGGACAGACCGACACGGAUCUUAAGGGCACCACGAUCACGCCUUUCCCAGACGUCGAGCCCAACCAGAUCUGCAACGGUGACCAGUCGUGCUACGAUCCCACUAUCCUCAACCUCCUCGACGAACUUAUGGUCGAUGCUCAUUCGUACGGCAUCAAGCUUAUCAUCACCAUGCAUACCUUCAACGCCCUCGAGGCAGGAGACGUCUACGGCGUCGAAUACGGAACGGGCUAUUUCUACGAGCAGACGUACCCUCAGCAAGCGUUUGACCAGCGACUGAUGUACAUCAUGAACCACGUCAACAGUCAGCUUGGGCAGCCGUGGAAGGAGCUGAACGAUUACAUCUUUGCUUUUGAGGCCGAGAAUGAGGCAAUGAUUGGCAAGGGUCAAGACUAUAUCGAAGCACACCAGCAAUGGCAAUGUGACAGAGCGACUACCAUCAAGAACGAGUUGGAUGGCAACACUGGAAUCCUCGUCAUAACUGGUGGCGAAUCUUGGAUGGCCGAGUCCGUGCAGCCCGAUUGGCUCACCUGCGACGCGCUCGAUGUCAUAUCCAUCCACGCCUACGGCACUGGCGACUUUGCCACGUCCGCAAUUCAGACAUAUGUCCAGCAAGCACAAGCCGCGGGGAAGAUGUUACUCUUCGAGGAAUGGGGCGCGUGCUACUUCAACACGGAGAAUAACGACUGCCCGAGCGGGAGCGCUCUUUCCAGUUCGCAACGGAAUAGCAACAUCGAGGCCUGGGCCAGCCAAAUUACCGCUGCGGGCGUGCCCUUCUUAUAUUGGCAGGUCAUCCCCAACGCUGACCCUCAUUGGGACCAGGACUACGAGAUUGGCCUCGUUGACGACCCGUCUUGGUCCACUCUACAGGCUGCGGCGCAAGCCGCCUCUAACGCCAAUGCGGCGUUCGACUUCUCACCGUGGUUGCUAUGA